AUGGGCGACACUGAUUUAAGUAAAUUUGACUUAAGUCAGUUACAAGCAGAGCUUGAGGAGGAGAGAGAAGUUAAAGAAAUGCUUGAGGAGUCUGUGUCUGAUCUUAAAGGCACUAUUGUUGACUUGGAAGAGAGAUUACUCAGUGUAGACGGGGAAGGAAACGAGUGGAAAACCAGGUAUGAGACCCAGCUGGAACUUAACGCUCAGCUGGAGAGACAAAUCAGAAUCUUGCACGAGAGACUUGAUGGCCUUCGGGGCGAUCCCACAGAUCGAUUGGCCUCAAUUCGGUCAUACGAUGACAUGCCAGUGGAUGCUUUGAGACAGCGGUUGAAAGUGCUGACCAGUGAACGGUCCAGUCUACAGAGCCAGCUGCUCGACUGUCGCCUCCGAAUCGAGCAAGAGGGCAAGGCUUACCAGAAGGCCUACGAUGAGAGACGUGCUUAUCUGUCAGAGAUAGCAAAGGUGUCGUCCAUCCUGGAUUUGAGCAGAAAAGUGCAGCUCGGACACCCUCGAGGGGCAACGCAGAGCCCACACGAAAAGUAUGAACAGACAGACACAUUUUGGUUCGAAUUUUGA